UUAAGAGAAAUGCCGAGAAGCAGAGCAUUGUGUCCCUCCUGGAGAGGUUCAUGUUGGGAGAUCACCUGGGAUAGUCUCUAUCCAGAGGCCAAUCACAGAGGCUCCGAUAUGGACAAGGACAGGAGUCACAUGACUAAGAAGAUAUUAAAACUCACCUUGGAGAUCAUCUACCUGCUGACUGGAGAGGAUUAUGUACCAUUAAAGAAGUCCAAUGAGUGUAACACAAAUAGCAGCUAUCCCCGUGUAUCAGGAGAAUGGAGCAGUACCCAGAGCCCCGUCAUGGAUCCCCCACCUCACUCACUGAUACAUGGGAGAGACAAUGAGCAGAAGAUCCUGGAACUCACCAACAAGAUCAUUCAGCUGCUGACUGGAGAGGAUAUGGAAUAUUUGGACGAUCAGAGGGAUUUAUACAAGGAAGUGAAGGUGGAGAAUUACCGAACACCAAACUCAAAGGCUGGAUCCAGUAAUGGCAAUACCCCAGAGAGGAGUCCUAGUUCCCCCUACUCACAGCACUGUACAGAGGAAGACAAGGACACCCCACAGGAAUAUAAGCGCCAACGCCUGGGAGAUGUGAAAGUUGUGCUUAUAUCACAGAUUGAUGCUAGAGGAGAGACGACGUAUAUGAGGGGUAAUCCGCGAUGUAAGGAAGAGGAAAUCCCUACAGAUAUCAGCACAGGUAUCUACAAGAACAUCUCCGAGGGACAUCCAAUGUCUUCUCCAGGUUCUGAAAUGGAAGAUAAUUUGCAAGACACCGAAGGAGAAAAUCUCAUCCUCUCACACAGCCAUCAGGCGUUCAGUCACUCUGAUCUGUCGUUUCCACUCUCCAAGCACAAUGAUUAUUUUCCUAAUCCCUCAGACAUUAUCUCCCGUGGCAUGGGCCAUAUCGGAGAGCAAAUCUAUAUCUGCUCUGAAUGUGGGGACAGCUUUAGCUGCAAGUCACACCUAGUCUCUCAUCAGAAAAUUCAUACCGGCAAAAAACAAUACGUAUGCACCGAAUGCGGGAAAUGCUUUGCCUACAAAUCGCAUCUCACGAGACAUCAGAUCAUUCACACGGGAGAGAAACCAUACUCAUGUGAGGAUUGUGGGAAAAGCUUCACUCAGAAAUCUUAUCUCGUUCUGCACGAGAGAUGCCACACGGGGGAGAAACCAUUUUCCUGUUCUGAAUGUGGCAAGUGCUUUGCCCGCAAUGCCAGUCUCUGCAUGCAUCAGAGAAUUCACACGGGUGAGAAACCCUAUUCCUGUUCUGAUUGUGGGAAGUGCUUUUCACAGAGGUCUUACCUCCUCCUGCACCAGACUUGUCACAGAGGAGAGAAACCGUUUUCUUGUACUGACUGCGGGAAAUCCUUCUCCACUAACUCGUAUCUUGUUAAACAUCAGAGAACACACAUUAGUGAAAAGCUACGUACAUAGCGUCAAGAUGGGGAAAGGGUUUGGGUUUUAUCUAAUGACUCAUAAUAAAUUGGACAAUAAUAUGCAAAAGGAAAAUAAGCCCUUUGAUGUGUCGUCUGUGUCGGUUAUGUUCUGGAAAAUCAUGAAAGGUCUGGUAAAGUUGCUAUGUCACCUCUGUGUUCUCCAAAAAAUGUUUUAUCUACCUGAAAAUCAAUUGGGUAUAAAAGUAGACUGUUUUUCCUUGGGC